GUUCUCUCGGAACGGUAUGGUGAUCUAGGUUCAAAACGUAAUCCCCUUUGCCACCAUUAAUGGCAACGGCACGUUCGAAAUUGCACAUUUAGGGAAGAAAAAAUUUCGCUCAGCUUUCUCUCCGCGUGAGUUUCGAUAUCUCGCAGCGUACUGUUUCCUCUGAUUUGACGGAUCCCCGCCACUGUUGCUUCUCUGGUGUUGUGCUUAUAAGCUAUGAGGAAACAUGGUUGCAGCCCCUAUUCUCUAAUUAGUCUUUCAUGAUUUUUUGUUACUUUUCACUUCCUUUCUCCUUUCUUCUAAUUCCUGUGGAAUGAGAAAAAGAUAUGACAUGACCAAAAGGCUAUACUGGACUUCUGCUUUAAAUCUUAUGUCCACAUUUGAUUAUGUAGUACCUUUUGAACAUUACCUUUUUGACUAUCAUUUGAGAUACUUUCUCUUUCUAUCCUUUUUUUUACUGAUAUUAUAAUGAUCCACGUUUGAUUCUUUGAUUUUGAAACUACUUGAGUUCCAUGGCUCUUAUUGAAUUGAGAUUCUUAGUUUGCUUCUCCUGUUGGCCUUUCUGUUCCUUGCUACAUUCUCUCUUUGAUCCCCUUGCAAAUGCAUUUGGAUCCUGUCUUUCAUCCACAGUUACCUUGCAAGCUUCUUCCAGAUAUCUAAAAUGCCAAGGACAAGAUCAACUACUACUGCUGCUGAAUCAACUGAGGCAGUAAAGACAGUUGAGCCUGAAGAACUUGUCUUUGAUGACACUGAUGAGAUGGAAGAUGAGGUUGAGUAUGAAGAAGUUGAAGAGGAGGUAGAAGAGGAAGAGGAAGUCAUAGAGGAGGUGGAGGAGCUAGAAGAGGAAGAAGAAGAAACUGCACCUAUCAAUGGAAACAACAGUGGUGAUAAACUUAGCAGUGCUGAUAUUUUAAAUGAUAAAAAUCAUGCAAGUGAGGAGCAAACUGAGCUCCUUGCACUUCCUCCCCAUGGGUCAGAAAUUUAUGUUGGAAAUAUAGCUUAUGGUGCUUCAGAACUUGAAUUGAGAAGAUUGUGUGAGUCUGUUGGAGAGGUGACUGAGGUUAGGAUGAUGAAAAACAAGGAUUCAUUGGAGAAUAAAGGCUAUGCAUUUGUUACUUAUAAAACAAAAGAGCUGGCUACUAAAGCUAUUGAAGAAUUAAAUAAUCCUGAUUUCAAGGGAAAAAAGGUUAAAUUCUCAAAGUCUCAAGCUAAGCAUCGGUUGUUCAUUGGUAAUGUUCCUCGAAACUGGAUGGAGGAUGAUCUGAAGAAAGUUGUGACCACUAUUGGUCCUGGAGUUAAUAAAGUGGAUUUGAUCAAGGAUCCACAUAAUGCUUCCCGAAACCGAGGUUAUGCAUUCAUUGAGUAUUAUAAUCAUGCAUGUGCUGAAUACUCCAAAAAAGAGAUGUCAUCAGCAAAAUUCAAAUUAGAUUCAAAUGUGCCAACAAUAAACUGGGCUGAACCUAGGAGUGGGGAUUCAUCUACUAGUUCUCAGGUAAAGUCAAUUUAUGUGAAGAACUUACCCAAAAAUGUGACAGAAGGGCAGUUGAAAAAGCUAUUUGAACCUCAUGGUGAAAUAACGAAGGUCGUUCUGCCUCCAGCAAAAUCUGGACACGAGAAGAGGUUUGGUUUUGUACAUUUUAAAGAGCGCUCCAUAGCUAUGAAGGCACUUGAGAACACAGAGAAAUAUGAAAUAGAUGGUGAUGUUGUCGAGUGUUCAUUAGCAAAGCCUCCAGCAGAUAAAAAGGUUGAAGCAGGGUCAAGUGCUCAACAGGCUGCUUUAUUGUCAAAUUAUCCAUCUCAAAUGGGGUACGGUGUGUUGGGAGGUGCUUAUGGUGCUCUAGCUUCAGGGUUUCAGCAGUCUAUGGCUUAUGGAAGGGGACAGAUCCCUACUGGCAUGACAAUGGUGCCCAUGGUCUUACCCGAUGGACGACUUGGAUAUGUGCUGCAAUAGCCUGAAGCACCUGUCUCAAGACCGCAGCAUGGGGGAAAAUAUGGUGGCAGCUCAAGUGGAGGUCAGAACAAUGACAGUGGACGUGGA